UCAGGAGCGAAACCUUUUGCAUGUGAAGAAUGUGGGAAGGCCUUCGAUCAAUCAUCACAUCUUAUUAUGCAUAGGAGAAUUCACACUGGAGAGAAACCGUAUAUAUGUAAGGAAUGUGGAAAGGCCUUUGCUAGAGCUUCAAGACUUACUGUACAUAGGGGAAUUCACACUGGAGAGAAACCGUAUAUAUGUAAGGAAUGUGGGAAGACGUGUGCUGCAGCCUCAAGUCUUAGUGUACAUAGGAGAAUUCACACUGGAAAGAAACCGUAUAUAUGUACGGAAUGUGGAAAGGCCUUUACUCAAUCCUCAGACCUCAAUAUACAUAGGAGAAUUCACACUGGAGAGAAACCGUAUAUAUGUAAGGAAUGUGGAAAGGCCUUUACUCAAUCUUCAGACCUCAAUAUACAUAGGAGAAUUCACACUGGAGAGAAACCGUAUAUAUGUAAGGAAUGUGGAAAGGCCUUUGCUAGAGCUUUAAGACUGACUGUACAUAGGAGAAUUCACACUGGAGAGAAACCGUAUAUAUGUAAGGAAUGUGGGAAGUCCUUUGCUGAACCCUCAAACUUUAGUGUACAUAGGAGAAUUCACACUGGAGAGAAGCCGUAUAUAUGUAAGGAAUGUGGGAAGGCCUUUGCUGAAUCCUCAAGACUUCGUGUACAUAGGAGAAUUCACACUGGAGAGAAACCGUAUAUAUGUAAGGAAUGUGGAAAGGCCUUUGCUAGAACUUCAAGACUUACUGUACAUAGGAGAAUUCACACUGGAGAGAAACCGUAUAUAUGUAAGGAAUGUGGGAAGUCCUUUGCUGAAUCCUCAAACUUUAGUGUACAUAGGAGAAUUCACACUGGAGAGAAACCGUAUAUUUGUAAGGAAUGUGGGAAGGCCUUUGCUGAAUCCUCAAGACUUCGUGUACAUAGGAGAAUUCACACUGGAGAGAAACCGUAUAUAUGUAAGGAAUGUGGAAAGGCCUUUGCUGUAGCCUCAGCACUUAGUGUACAUAGAAGAAUUCACACUGGAGAUAAACCGUAUAUAUGUAAGGAAUGUGGAAAGGCCUUUACUCAGUCCUCAGGCCUCAGCCUCAGUAUCCAUAGAAGUAUUCACACUAGACAGAAACCAUAUAUAUGUAAGAAAUGUGGAAAGGCCUUUACUCGAUCCUCAGGCCUCAGUAUACAUAGGAGAAUUCACACUGGAGAGAACCUUAAUGUAUCUAAGGAAUGUGGGAAGGCCUUUGCUACAUCCUCAAAACUUACUGUACAUAGGAGAAUUCACACUGGAGAGAAACCAUAUAUAUGUAAGGAAUGCGGAACGGCCUUUACUUCAUCCUCACAAUUG